AUAGCGGUGACUAGCAAAUAGCCUCUACAUUUAUUCUAACCUAAGCAGCAAGUAGUUAUCAAAGGGAAAUUUUCUGUUUUGUGCUCAUUUUAUGCAAUAAUUGAGAAAAAAUGCCGGAAAGCGUAAAGGUAGAGUCAAAAACGAAUAAAGAAGUCAGAAGCGGAAAAGAGGAGGAGAAAAAUGAACUGUCUGAGGAAGAUAAACUUUUACAAGAGGAGCUAACUCAUCUUGUUGAACGUUUACAAGAUCCUAAUACCAAUUUGCAUUAUCCAGCUUUGGAAUCUUUACGUAAUCAUAUUCGUGCAUCUACCACAUCAAUGACUAGUGUUCCAAAACCUCUCAAAUUCAUGAGACCUCAUUAUGACACUAUGAAGACUAUUUAUGAUAAAAUAUCAGAUGUGAAAUCCAAAGAACUAUGUUCUGAUGUGAUUUCUGUCCUUGCUAUGACUAUGGGUGAGGGCAGAGAAUGUUUAAAGUACAGACUUACUGGUUCUGCAUUAGCCAUCGGAGAAUGGGGCCACGAAUAUGUUAGACAUUUAUCAGGAGAAUUGGCUGGUGAAUGGGAUGAGCUUACAGAUGACACAGAAGCUAUUAGCAUAAAGCUGAUUGCUUUGGUACAUGAAAUUGUACCAUAUAACAUGGCUCAUAAUGCAGAAACCGAAGCUUGUGACUUAUUAAUGGAAAUUGAAAGACUAGACCUGCUGCAGCAGUAUGUAGAUGAAAGUGCAUAUCAAAGAGUCUGCUUGUAUUUAACAAGUUGUGUACCCUAUGUGGCAGAUCCAGAAAAUAGUGCUCUUCUUCAUGCUGCUUCCAAAUUGUACAUAAAGUUUGGUCAGUAUCCUCAAGCUGUGAGGUUAGCAAUGCAGCUCAAUGACUUGCCUCUUAUUGAAGAUAUUUUCACAAACUGCACAGACCUUUCAGUGCAAAAGCAACUAGCAUUUAUGCUAGGUAGACAGCAAAUUUUCUUGGAACUUCCUGAAUCCACCCCAGAAUAUGAUGACCUGGUAGAAAUAAUGUCCAAUUCCUUAUUAAAUUAUCACUUCCUCAAUCUCGCGCGCGAGCUGGAUAUAAUGGAGGCGAAAACACCUGAAGAUGUAUACAAAUCUCAUUUAGAAAAUUCCAGAUCUCCGUUUGGCGGUGGUCAAGUGGAUUCAGCAAGGCAGAACCUCGCUGCAAGUUUCGUCAAUGGUUUUGUGAACGCAGCUUUCGGUCAAGACAAGCUUUUAAUCGAGGAUGGAAAUAAAUGGUUGUACAAGAACAAAGAACACGGAAUGCUGAGCGCAACAGCGUCUCUCGGUCUUGUAUUAUUGUGGGAUGUCGAUGGUGGUUUGACUCCAAUAGACAAGUAUCUUUAUUCCUCUGAAGACUAUAUUAAAUCAGGUGCCCUAUUAGCCUGUGGUCUUGUUAAUUGUCGUGUGAGGAUCGAGUGCGACCCUGCAUUAGCUCUUCUGUCGGAUUAUGUGUUACACAGCAGCAACACUAUGCGUAUAGGUGCCAUUGUUGGUCUUGGAUUGGCAUACGCGGGUUCGAAUCGGGAAGCUGUCUACGGUUUGCUAAUCCCUGUACUUAGCGAUCCAAAAUCCAGCUGGGAAGUAAUAGGCAUGGCCGGGCUCGCGCUGGGAAUGGUCGCAGUAGGUUCUUGCAAUGCUUACGUUACAACAACGAUAAUGCACGCACUCAUGGAGAAGUCUGAGACGGACCUUAAAGACACCUAUGCACGAUUUCUACCUCUAGGCCUUGGACUGUGUUUCUUAGGCAAACAAGAAGCGGCGGAAGCCGUAAUAGCAGCCCUGGAAAUAGUACCUGAACCUUUUAAAUCGAUGUCCACCACCCUGGUAGAAGUAUGCGCGUACGCUGGUACCGGAAACGUUCUCAAAAUUCAGCAUUUAUUACACAUUUGCUCUGAACACUAUGAGCCAUCCAACGAGAAGGAAGACAAGAGUGAUCGUAAAGAAAAAGACAAAAAAGAGGAGAAAAAAGAGGACAAAGCAAAAGAUCUCAGCUCGAGACAGGCAAUCGCUGUGCUUGGUAUUGCUCUGAUUGCGAUGGGAGAAGAAAUUGGAGCUGAAAUGGCAUACAGAACGUUUGGUCAUUUAUUGCGUUAUUGCGAGCCUGUUAUCAGACGAUCAGUUCCUCUUGCACUUGGUUUAAUAUCAGUUUCCAAUCCAAAAUUAAAUAUUCUAGACACAUUAUCCAAGUUUUCUCACGACAGCGACCCAGAAGUGGCGCACAAUGCGAUUUUCGCCAUGGGUUUGGUUGGAGCUGGAACAAACAACGCUCGAUUGGCCGCCAUGUUGAGACAGCUUGCUCAGUUCCACGCUAAGGAUCCAAAUAAUUUGUUCAUGGUUCGUAUCGCUCAAGGUUUGACACAUCUUGGUAAAGGAACGUUAACAUUGUCACCAUAUCACAGUGACAGACAAGUAUUAAGCCCUGUAGCACUUGCUGGACUUUUAGCUACACUUAUUGGUUUCCUUGAUGUGAAAAACAUCAUCUUGGGCCGUUCACAUUAUCUGCUGUACACGUUAGCUGUUGCAAUGCAGCCAAGGAUGUUGGUAACGUUCGACGAGAAACUGAAUCCUCUGGCUGUACCAGUAAGAGUUGGUCUUGCUGUAGACGUCGUAGGUCAAGCAGGAAAACCUAAAACUAUUACCGGUUUUCAAACACACACAACCCCCGUUUUAUUGGCAUACGGUGAAAGGGCAGAACUCGCGACCGAAGAAUAUAUUCCUUUAACACCGAUCAUGGAAGGUUUUGUAAUUUUACGGAAAAAUCCAGACUUUGUACCAUAACUGUAAAACAAUUAAGUGAAAAACGUAUUUUAUAUAAUAUAAGUUCUAGUAUAAAAUAUAUUGCGUGUAUGCAGAUGAUUUUUUGGUAUAUGAUUCACACAAAAAAAGGAUUAAACAAUAGAUCUAAAAUAAC